UGGUCAAAGGCUUUGAAGUAACCAUGGAUAAAAGAGGAGGCAUAACAGAAACUGAAAAUGGUGAUGCUUUCCUGGAGCUGAACAGAAUUACAACAAAAUACCCACAUCGUUACACGAAGGAGGAACUGCUGGAUAUUAAAGAGCGUCCCUACUCUAAGCAAAGACCUUCUUGUCUUUCUGAAAAAUAUGACAGUGAUGGUGUCUGGGAUCCAGAGAAGUGGCAUGCAUCUUUAUAUCCAAGUUCAGGAAGAACUUCACCAGUGGAAAGCUUUAAAAAAGAUUUGGAUUCAGAUCGGACUUCUCUUAUGCGUAGGAUUGUAGAUCCAAGAGAGCGAGUGAAAGAAGAUGACCUGGAUGUAGUCUUAAGUCCACAAAGGCGAAGCUUUGGAGGUGGCUGUCAUGUAACUGCAGCUGUUAGCUCACGUCGAGCAGGGAGCCCAUUAGAAAAGGAGAAUGAUGGCAUUCGUGUUAUUGGUGGCCGUAGGAUUGGCAGUGGAAGAAUUAUCUCUUCUCGUAACUUUGAUAAAGACCACCGGGGUGGUGAAAAAGACUUGCGUGAUUCUAGAGAUGCAAGAGACCGAGAUCGUGAGAGGGACUACAAAGAUAAACGCUUCAGGAGGGAAUUUGGUGACAGCAAACGUGUCUUUGGGGAGCGAAGAAGGAAUGACUCUUACACUGAAGAGGAACCUGAGUGGUUCUCUGCUGGUCCCACAAGUCAGUCUGAAACCAUUGAGCUCACAGGCUUUGAUGAUAAAACUUUGGAGGAAGAUCACAAAGGGAGGAAACGUACAAGACGACGCACGGCCUCAGUAAAAGAAGGGAUAGAAUGCAAUGGUGGAGUGGCAGAAGAGGAUGAAGUGCAAACUGUCCUUGCUAAUGAAACUCCAGCAGAUCAAGAAGUUCCUAGGGAAGCUGUUUUACAGGAGCCAGCUCCAGGAGAGUUUGACUUCAAUGAGUUCUUUAACUUGGAUAAAAGUGUUCCUGGCCUGGCUUCGAUGAUAGAGGAUGUGCUGGGGGAAGGUUCAGUGUCUGCCAGCAGGUAUUUGUGGUUUUCUAAUCCUAGUCGUUCUGGAAGUCGGUCAAGCAGCUUGAGAUCUACACCACAUGAGGAACUGGAGAGGCUAGCAGGUCUAGAGCAAGCCAUUCUCUCCCCUGGCCAGAACUCUGGAAACUACUUUGCUCCCAUUCCAUUGGAAGACCACUCUGAAAACAAAGUGGACAUCCUAGAAAUGCUACAGAAAGCCAAAGUGGACUUAAAACCUCUUCUCUCAAGUCUUUCAGCCAACAAGGAAAAGCUUAGAGAGAGCACACAUUCAGGAGUUGUACUUUCAGUGGAAGAAGUUGAAGCUGGGCUAAAAGGCCUGAAAGUGGAUCAGGAGGGAAAAAUUGCUACUCCAUUUAUGGCUGAGCAAAUGGAGGAGGCACUGAAUGUCACUGGCUCCAGACAGAUCAAGAAAGAUGGAGAUAUGACUGCAUUUAACAAACUAGUCAGCAGUAUGAAAGCAAGUGGGACUCUACCUUCACAGCCCAAAGUCAAUCAGAGCCUUGAGAGCCACUUAAUGUCACCUCCAGAGAUGCCAGGCCAGCCUCUAUCAAAGAAUAUUCUGCAGGAACUUCUUGGCCCACCCAUUACCAGACCUGCUUCAUCAAAUGUCUUAAGUGGCCUGAUAGGGGGUUUGGAACCUGCAGCCUCUUUACUGACACAGAGAGCACCUUCUCCCCCUAUUCCACCUGUGUUUCCAACUCGAGCUGCUUCUGCAGAUUACCUGCGCCAUAGAAUAUCUUCACCCAUUGGUUUUGGACAAGGUUCUCAGCAAUUGCUUGGUGAUCCAUUUUCAGGUGUAAGGAAGCCCAUGAGUCCAGUUGCUGCACAGAUGAGUCCCUUGGAAAUACAGCAAGCUGCAUUAGAGGGACUAGCAUUGCCACAUGACUUAGCCAUACAGGCAGCAAACUUCUAUCAGCAUGGCUUUGGUAAACCCCAGAUGGACAAAAGCAGAGAUGGCUACAGAAACAGGCAGCAGCGAGUGACUAAAUCGCCUGCACCAGGACACAGAGGGAAUGCCUCUUCUCCAGCCCCUACAGCAUCCAUUACUAGCAUGCUGUCUCCUUCCUUUACACCUACCUCGGUGAUUCGCAAGAUGUACGAGAGCAAGGAGAAGAGCAAAGAGGAGACAGUUUCUGGGAAAAUGAAAGUCAGUGAUGGUAAAGAUGAAAAUCGGAGGCCAAAUGAAGAUAACCUACUAUCUAGUUCUGUGGAGAAUGCAGAUCAAGAAACUUUGCCCACCUUAGGUACCAAAAUACCUGCACUGCAACGCUCUGCAUGUUCCACACCUCUUAACCAAGCAAAUCGUUGCACCAAAGAGCAAGACUACAGGCCUAAGUCAACUGGUAGAAAGACUCCUACGAUGGCCUCCCCAGUACCAGGAGGCCCUUUUCUUCGUCCUGUUCAUCAAGUACCCCUUGUUCCCCAUGUACCAAUUGUACGACCUGCUCAUCAACUGCAUCCAGGAUUGGUCCAGAGAAUGCUGGCACAGGGGGUUCAUCCACAACAUCUUCCUCUGCUGCAAGCAGGUAUGCUUCCUCCUGGAGUGGACCUGUCUCACUUGCAGGGAAUAUCUGCUCCCAUCCUUGGCCAACCUUUUUAUCCGCUACCAUCAGCAAGCCAUCACAUCUUAAAUCCACGCUCUGGGACACCUUUGCAGCUAGCAAUGAUGCAACAGCAACUACAACGAUCAGCUUUACAUUUCACAGGCACUGGAGCACAGGGAUCACCUGCUGGUGCACAAACAACCCCUCAAAAUGUGCUGCCUCGGACUGGAUUAUCUCAUGGGCACACACAGCUUGACCAUCGCCCCAGCCAGAGAAGUGGCUCUCCCAUUGGCCUUGCCAAAUGGUUUGGUUCAGAUGUUUUGCAGCAGCCUCUCCCUUCCAUGCCAUCCAAAGUCAUCAGUGUAGAUGAACUGGAAUAUCGUCAGUGAACAGUGACCACUGGGUGGGACACUUGCGAUUCUUUAGACUGGAUAAAAAUGUCCAUAGUCAGGACUUCACCUCUGUUUGUUUUUUGGGGCUUUUAUUUUUAGCACUCUGUGCAAAAUUUCUUUUUGAGAGACUAAAGCACAUGGCACCUGUCCUGGUCUCAUGUCUGCAUCAAGACUAAAGGAUCCAUUAUGGCUUGAAUAGUGAAGCCUGAAGAAAUUUAGAUGCAAGACAAAGCCAGUUUAAUCCUGGAAGUGUCUAACUUUUUGUUUUGUAAGAUAUGUGAAUUAAGUGCUGAUAUUCUCUAGUGUAGAGGUAGCAGCUAUAGAUUCCUCCUGCAGAAAACUAAAUGUAUAGACCCUUGUGUACAGACUUGUGUAUAAACAAUCUUUUGUACAUAUACACAUAGAAUAGCCUUUUUGAAUCUAUACAGCUGUACAUAAAAGUAGCUGGUAACAGUUGAGCUUUAGUUGUGCCUAUGGUUUGGAUCUUUCUCCAAUGUACAUGUGGGACUUUCCUUAAGAUUAAAGUUGCAUAUCCUAAGUGUGAGUGA